AUGCAUGGUCAGCCAUUGUACAGCUCCACUGUGGCCUUGGAACAGAGUCUGGCCCGACAGAUUGCAGCAGGGCGCUGCGAGGUGCGGAGAAGAACAUCCCCUCAGUUCAGUGAAGCAUGCCAACCAGGCUUCUUCAAGGCAUAUGCUGGAAACAUCAACUGUUCAAAGUGCCCUCCGCAUUGUUUCAGCUAUGGAGAAGGGGCUGCUAUCUGCCGCUGUGAGACGGGCUUCUUCAGAGCGGAGAGAGAUCCUCCAUCCAUGGCUUGUACACGUCCUCCAUCUCCUCCCCGCAACCUGCUGUUUAACCUCAACGACACCUCUCUGAUACUGGAGUGGUCCCCCCCCAGCGACACUGGGGGUCGCCGGGAUCUCACCUACAACGUCCAGUGCAAACGCUGUGGCCCCGAGCCAGAUCAGUGCCAGUUCUGUGAAGAGGAGCUUCGCUACCUACCACGACAGUUAGGUCUGACCAAUGCCACGGUCACUGUCAUGGACUUCUCAGCACACGCCAAUUACACCUUUGAGAUCGAGUCCCUCAACGGUGUGUCAGAGAUGAGCUCCUUCCCUCGCCCGGUCGCCAUCAUCACAGUCAGCACGGAUCAGGGUGGUCCGUCUCUUGUUGGGACUCUGAAGAAGGACUGGGCCUCUCCGAACAGCAUUGCUCUCUCGUGGCAGCAGCCGGAACAAACACCGCAGGGCAUCCUCGACUACGAGAUCAAAUAUUAUCAAAAGAUUUUCUGA